UCAUCAUCAAAUUAAGGCAAGAUGUUCUCUUCGUCAUCUUCUUAUACUUCAUUUUUCAUGAUUCUUUUAGCUGCCUUUAGCCUAUUUCCUCUAGCUCGAGCUCAACUCAACUCGACUUUUUACUCCCUCACUUGCCCUAACGUCUCGGCCAUUGUCAACACCGCAAUGCAACAAGCCUUACAGUCCGAUCCUAGGAUUGGUGCCAGCCUCAUUCGACUUCAUUUUCAUGACUGCUUUGUACAGGGUUGUGAUGGAUCAAUUUUGCUAGACAACAAUAGUAAUAGAAGCAUCCAGAGUGAGAAGGAUGCUGCCCCGAAUGCGAACUCAACCCGCGGUUUUGAUGUCAUGGACAAUAUCAAGACUGCAGUCGAGAGUUCGUGCCCGGGUGUGGUGUCUUGUGCGGACAUUCUAGCCCUCGCCGCAGAAUCUGCUGUUUCCUUGGCAGGAGGUCCUUCUUGGAAUGUGUUAUUAGGGAGAAGAGAUAGCACAAGUGCAUAUCAAACAUUAGCAAAUACCUCAAUUCCAGCCCCAUUUGAAAACUUGAGCAAUCUCACUGCUAAGUUUAAUGCCAUGGGUCUAAAUGUUACUGACCUAGUAGCAUUAUCUGGUGCUCACACGUUCGGGCGUGCCCAAUGCCGGGUUUUCAUCAACCGUCUCUACAACUUUUCCGGCACCGGCAGCCCCGAUCCGACACUGAACGCCACCGACCUAGCCGCCCUCCGCCAGAUCUGCCCACAAGGUGGCAGCGGAUCCGCGUUGGCGAAUCUGGAUCCAACUACGCAGGAUACGUUCGACGCCAAUUACUUCUCAAACUUGCAGAUGAAUAGAGGGGUGCUUCAGUCCGAUCAAGAGCUGAUCUCCACGGCCUCGGCGCCGACAGCUCCGAUCGUCGGCCUUUUUAGCAGCAAUCAGAGUGCAUUCUUUGAGAAAUUUGUGGAAUCGAUGAUCAAGAUGGGGAACAUUGGCCCUUUGAUUGGAUUGAAUAAUGGAGAGAUUAGGUCCAAUUGCCGUAGGGUUAAUGGGAGCUAGCUAGUUGUUUUAAUUAAAUUCCAAUUGAUUUUAUUGUAAGGGUUUGGAGAUGUGCAUUGAUUAGUGUUUCUUAAUUAGCAUGGUUUUAUUGAUUUGAUUUGUUGUAUUUAAGUUUGGGAAUAAUGACUUGGAUUGUUUGUUAAUUGAUACAGUAUUAUAAUAUAUUAUAGUAUAUAGUUAGGUAA